AUGGUUGGAUCUAGGGUGUAUGUAGGGGGUUUGCCUUAUGGAACCACGGAGCGGGACCUGGAGCGUUUCUUUCGAGGUUACGGUCGAAUGAGGGACGUUCUUAUUAAAAACGGAUACGGGUUUGUUGAAUUUGACGAUUAUAGAGAUGCUGAUGAUGCUGUGUAUGAAUUAAACGGUAAAAAACUUUUAGGGGAGCGAGUGACUGUCGAGAGGGCCCGAGGCACCCCGAGAGGACGUGACCAGUGGUCUGGUGGUGGUGGCGGCGGCGGAGGCGGCGGCGAAAGAAGAGGUGGAGGCGGCAGUAGUAGCAGCAGCAGUAGAUCAAGGAAUAACGACGACCGCUCCCAUGACAGAUAUGGACCCCCAACCAGAACCAACUACCGCUUAAUCGUCGAAAAUCUAUCCUCCAGAAUUAGCUGGCAAGACUUAAAAGACUAUAUGCGCCAAGCCGGCGAAGUUACCUAUGCAGAUGCCCACAAGCAGCACCGUAAUGAGGGCGUGGUUGAAUUCGCGUCCUACUCUGACAUGAAAACUGCUCUGGAUAAGCUUGAUGAUACCGAAUUAAAUGGCAGAAGACUGAGGUUGGUAGAGGACAAAAAGACAAAGAGCAGACGCUCAGCUUCCUACAGUAGUCGCAGUAGAUCCCGCAGCAGAUCUGCCAGGCGUUCGAGGUCCCGCAGUCGCAGCUACCGCUCUAAGUCCAAGAGCAAGUCCAGGUCAAGGUCCCGCUCAGUUAGUGCUAAGGCCAAACGGGACAAAUCCAAAUCUAGGUCUCGUUCCAGAUCAAACUCACGUAAAAAGUCCAACGACCGUUCCAGGUCUAAUUCCAGGAAGAAAUCUGUUGACAGAGGUCGUUCUCGCUCUAGGUCUAGGUCCCACUCCAGAACCCCUGAUAAGCGUUCCAAGUCAAGAGAAGCUUCUAGGGAAAGGUCCAGGUCCAGAAGUCGAUCAGCCAGUAAAGACAGAAGCAAGUCUAGAAGCAGAUCAAGGUCUCCAAACUAA